AUGACUUUAACUCAAGAAAAUCUUCGGUUGGAAGAUCGUAUUAAACAAUUAGGUGAACAAGCAGAGAAAAAAUAUAAUGAAAGCGAACUACUGAGACAAAAAGUUAUGGACAAUUCAAUAGGUCUCGAUGCUAUUAAUAAAGAUAAUGCCAAAGAAGAGAAAAAUAAAUAUCAUAUAUUAUUAACUGAGUACUACAGUUAUAAACGCAGUUUAAAAAACGAAUGUCAACAAAACGAAAAAUUACUCAACUACUUGAAUAAAUUUACACAAAAUCAAAAUAAUUUACAAAAAGGGUUUAAUACAUGUUUAGAAAAUUUUAACAAUUUGAGAGAUAAGUAUUUCAAUCUCUUAAAAAUGACGGAAAUCGAAAAUCAAAACUUAGAUGAAGAGUCAUUAUUAGUUAAGAUUGAGAACGAUGUUUGUCUAGAUCAAAUAAAAUUAAAACAAUAUCGUACUACAACUUAUAAUUUAGAAAAUCAAAUAAAAGAACUCACCAAAGAUCUGGAUCAACAAGAUUUAUACAUUGCUACAUUGGAUUCUAAACUUAAGAAGCUAGGCACAGAUAUACAAAUUAAAUCAAACAUGAUUGAAUUGGAAUCCAAAGAAUUAGAAUUAUUGAAAAAAAAACAUGAAGUUGGUGAUGUUAUGACUCCACAAAUGCAAAUUGAUCAUGUUAGAAGUGACAUUAAUGAUGUAAAAAAAGAAACCAAUAUCAUAAAACAAUAUUGUAUUCAAAAUCAAAAUAAAAAUGUACAAUUAUUGAAUGAAAAAAAUAAACAAAUUUUUGAACUUAAUAAAAUGCGUAAAUAUGAUAUACAAAAUGUUAUAAAGAGUAGAAAAGUUGAUCACGAAAUUGCUGCUUUAUCUAAAGAACUUGAUCAGUAUAAACGAACUCUUACGUAUAUGAGAAAUAAAAUUGUGGUAUAUAAUGAAGUCUUUGGUAAAAAUAAAGGAAAAAGUAGUCAACUUUUGAACGAAAAUGAAUGGAUACAAAAUUCUGCUUUAGUUGAAUUAAAAGAAAAUGAAAAACAGUGUUUAGAAUAUAUGGACCAUUUGAAAUUUUUGAAAAAUGAGCUGAAUGAAAUGAAAAAAACAUAUAUUGAAAAACAACGGGAAAGUAAAUCGUGGGACAUUAAAGUCCAGUCGCUUGUUGAAAUUAAAACAGAACUAAAAAAUAAACAAGGAGUUUUUGGCGACAUUGAUGCUACACAAAAAGAAAUACAUAAAAUGCAGAUAAUAGAAAGUAGAUUAAAAAAAAUAUUGGACAAAAUAAUGAUGGAAUUAGAAAAAUGCAUAUCGAAACGGGAUACGAUUUAUACUACAUUUGCAGCAAAAAAUAUUCGUUCAAAUGUUAAAAACGAUACUAAACAAAAAUUGUUGAAAAUCCUCGAUGAUAUGCGAAUAAAGAUAAAAAAAAUUAAUAUUAAAUGUAAAAAAGUAGACAAAGACAUUAGUGAUGCACAAAAUUACAAAAUGGAAUUAGAGUGUAAACUUACACAUUUAAGAGAUAAAUUUAUCGACGUUGAACAAAAUACGGAUGAUUUGACAAAUAGUAUUGAAGAUAUGAAUGCUUUAAAACUUAAAAACUUUUAUAAAUUAAACUAUAAACAAAAUCGCAUUAAAUUCUUGGAUGAAGUAAGAAAAGAAAAAUACCGUUUGCUGAUUAAAAGUGAAUCCAAAAUGAACGAAGCAAUUAUAGCCCAGCGUUUGAAGAAUUCAAACUUAAUAACUGUUGUGGAAUGUUUAAAAAACGAUUUUCUAUACUUGGAUGUUGAGUUAACACGUUUGUUAUUAACUCUUAAGUCUAUCGAUGAUUAAAAAACCAUAAAAAAAUAUAUAUAUAGCUAGUUAUAUGUAUGACGUGUGUAUAUAAUAAUAUAUAAUUUAUAUAUAUCUACGUUCUACAUUGUAUACAGACAAUAUUAAUAUAUUAUAGUGUUGCUAAAACAUAUAGACCACGUGCACAUCAGUGGUCUAAGCGUU